CACCCAUAUCUAGCCAAUCUCAUUCAAGUAGUAUAUUUUCUUUUGAUGACAUGCUUUCUUUCACUCUCACUCAUUUCUUAUCUCAUCCCCCACCCCCUUCAUAUUCUUAUAUCUUAACCAAAAUCUCCAAAUAUUCAUUUCCCCCUUGAAAACCAAAAUAAAGGUGAAAAGAGAAAACACUUCCAUCACUUGUAAUCAAAAUGGCAACUAAUUCAUUCAACACAAUUCCCUCACACCAACAUACACUAAGGAGAAGGCAUUCUAUAGAUUGCCCUUUUUCUUCUUCAUCUUCUUUCUUCCUUAAGUCAAUUACCAAAAACCCCUCCUCUUCCACUUCAUUUACCAAUCACACUCUCAUCACUUUCUCAGUUUCCUCAACUACCCCUACCCCAUCCACCACCCCCACCCCCACCCCCACCCCUACCCCUACCCCCUUUACCGUCCUCGAACAACACUUAUCUUGCCAAAAUUUCCGAGAAGCUGACGAGGAAACUCGCCGUUUACUCAUACAAUUAGCCGGAGAAGCAGCAAUUAAGCGCGGAUACGUGUUCUUCUCCGAGGUCCAAUUCAUCUCCGAAUCUGACCUCAAAGAAAUCGAUUCGCUAUGGAGAAAAUACAGCGACAACAAAUUCGGUUACAGUAUUCAGAAGAAAAUAUGGAACAGCAAAGCUAAUAGAGACUUCACUAAUUUCUUCAUCAAAGUUGGAUGGAUGAAGAAACUCGAUAUCGAAGAAGUUGAUCAUUACAAUUACAGAGCAUUUCCGAAUGAAUUUAUUUGGGAAUUGAAUGAAGAAACUCCAGAAGGACACUUGCCAUUAACCAAUGCUUUAAGAGGAACUCAAUUGCUUAAGUGCAUUUUGUGUCAUCCAGCUUUUGUUGAACAAGGGGAAGAAGAAGAAGAAGAAGACGACAAGGGAGAAAAUAGUAAUUAUGGGGAAGAUAAUAAAGGGAGUGUUAAGAAAGGAGGUUUAUUUGGGGGUUUAAGGAGUAAAUUGUUUAGUAAACCAGAUUACAGCUUUUGAAUUUUCGAAUAAGAAAAUAAUUAAGUUUGUUUAUUUGUGAUUUGUGUACACAAAGUAAAAAAUAUGUGAUAAAAAGUUGAAUGAAUUAGAACUUUUUUCUUUAA